GAAUGUGAUCCGAGACGAGUCGGGUUCAAAAUGGUGCGAAGAAUUCCAAAUAAAUAAUUCAUUCAACCCUAAUUCAAAACCCUAGCCCCAUUCUCUCGCUCGGCCGCAGCAGCAACAAGCUCCCUCCACAAUGGGUAUCGAUUUGAAGGCAGGAGGUAAGUCCAAGAAGACCAAAAGAACCGCACCCAAAUCCAAUGAUAUCUACCUUAAGCUUCUCGUUAAGCUUUACCGUUUCCUUGUUCGGAGGACUGAAAGUAGUUUCAAUGCUGUUAUCCUCAAGCGUCUCUUCAUGAGCAAAGUCAACAAGCCACCACUAUCCCUCUCUAGGUUGAUUCGCUUCAUGAAGGGAAAGGAGGGUAAGAUAGCUGUAGUUGUUGGAGCUGUGACAGAUGACAUUAGGGUUUAUGAAGUUCCUGCAAUUAAGGUAACUGCUCUAAGGUUCACAGAAACUGCCAGAGCUAGAAUUGAGAAGGCUGGUGGGGAGUGCCUCACAUUUGAUCAGCUUGCUCUUAGAGCUCCAUUGGGCCAGAACACGGUUCUUCUUAGAGGUCCUAAAAAUGCUCGUGAGGCUGUCAAGCACUUUGGACCAGCUCCUGGUGUGCCACACAGCCACACCAAGCCCUAUGUGCGCUCUAAGGGCCGGAAAUUUGAGAAGGCAAGAGGAAGACGAAAGAGCAGAGGCUUUAGAGUUUGAGUUUUGGAGCUCAAUUUUGAAGGACCUUUCCUUUUAUCUCAUGAUCAUUAUGUAUUUUCUUCCUGUGUUGUUGGAACAAUUUGUUUUGUUUUUAUUUUUCCUUCUCCCCAAUGGAAAAAAGAAUGAAGCGCCGUCCGAACAAUUUUGUUUUAGCCCAAACACUGUUCUGAUUUUUCUAGAGAAUUAAUGAGUAACUUUUUAUUCAAGGAUUUAUCUUUACUGUACUUCUAAUGUUUGAAAAGGGACGAAUGAGAGGCCCGAGUAUCUUUUCCGUU